GAUUGCUUUUAAGAAAAUUUCAGAGCUUCAAACAUGUUGGUCUUCCAGGACGCUGUUGCUUCUCUUGCCUCAAGUUUAACAAUUCUCCUAUUUUUGAGUGGAUCAUUUAUUUGCCUUCAAAUUAUCAGACUGGGGCACACAGGUUCACACUCCAGCUUUCCCUUCAUCACUGGUAUCUUCAACUCAGUAACCUGGCUCGUCUAUGGUUCUUUACUGGGUGAUAGUUCUAUAAUUAUCACCAACUCAGUUGGCCUUGUAACACAAGUGUUGUAUUUGAUGGUGUUCCUGCUCUACUGCGUUGCGGUGCCUGUAAGAACUGCUGUUAAGAGACAGAUGCUUGCUCUGGUCGUCAUUCUCGGCAGCAUCUUAUACUAUGCAACUUACUCUGCCAACGAUCGCUUGGUCGUUACGUCACACGUGGGGCUGCUGAGCUGCAUAGCCUCAAUCCUGUUCUGUGCCUCACCCCUGGCGUCAGUGUUUGAGGUCAUCAGGGUGAAGUCGACCUCCAUCAUGCCCUUCCCACUCAUCCUGCUCAUGUUCCUGUCGACAUCAGCCUGGACUAUCUAUGGCAGACUUAUUGAUGCCGUUUUUGUUGUCAUCCCAAAUUUCCUGUGCGCUCUCAUCUCCGGCCUGCAGUUGCUGCUGUUCCUUGUGUACUCGCCAGACACUCCUGAGAGCAUUCUUAAAGACUCUACGCAGUUGAUAUGACUAGAGCACUGCCACCACAUCUAGCUAGAACUUGGCCGUCGCUUAGCUCAAUGGACAACAGGGAGCAACAAACAGCAAACAACAGCAAAAACUGUCUGCAAACUCUCAAUGAAGAAUCCACUGGGUUUUCUCGUCUGGGCCAAGCUCAUCUGUAUCCACUUCGCCUGGGAUCUUCUCAUCCAUGCGCUGCUCGUCCAUCUUGCCAAAGGCACUACCAAGCAUUUCUGUUUGCUGAUUUUUACAUCCAAAUGCUGUUUACCUUGCGGCCAAUUUUACAUCCAAAAAUAUGUUUAUUCAAUUAUCGGUUUCCUGUAAAAGGUUCACUUCUUACCAAUCUCACUCGAAAGUUGUGUUUUCGCUAUAGAUAUCACUCAGCUUUUAAAUCUUAUGUUAAAUGCUGCUUAGGUUUGUCUGCGCGUACAUUACUAGUCGUAAACGUUGCAUCUGAAGGCCUGGUGAGUCAUGUCACUGCCAGUAGACAAAAAGAUAUGUGUCAUAUUCUUAGUAUCCUUAGUAUUUGUUUGGGACAUAGCAGUCCCAGGCCACGAUGGAUCGCCGCCUCUUAUUAUUACACGGCUUACAAAAUUAGUUGCUGCAAUAAUCGUCGAUUCCAUUUAGUUGCUUAAUGCUUCUAAAUAAUUAUCAUUAAAAGUAUGUAUUAUCUGUUCUUCAGACUCCUUUCAUUUGUUAUAUCUUCACUUGACGGACGGCGCAGGUGCAAUUCUAGCUUUGCCUUGACUAUUUAUUCCAUUCAAUUUGCAAUGUUGAUGCUAAUUGCCCGGCCAAUUGCAAGUUUAUUGACACCUUCUUGUUGUGUUAUUUGGCAUUCUUUGUGACCGAGUUUUUCAUCUAUCAAUAAUUUAAAUUGUUUCAGCACCGUGUGAUAGUGUUUUCACUUGUUUGCCCACACUUCGUAUAUCAUGAAAAUUCUCGCUUCAAUUUGCGAACCCAAAGAGCAUUUAUAAUUUAGUUGAGCUAGUUAUUUUGUAUUCAAAGAACAGCAUUGCUGCUCUGAUUAAUUUAUUGUCCUUGCUCUGUCCAAUUUGCUCUUGACUCUUAACAGACAUGCCAUUCAUUUCUACGAGCCUCUGCGUGACCAGAUAAUAAUGUCUUCCAUGAAAUUGUUAUUCAACUUGAUACUUUAUUCGUUGUUGUUACUCUAAUCACUCAAAAUGAAACGUUAGGUUUCCUCCUUGUGCAGACGUUGACGUUGACUUUUAAUUUCAUUUGAUACGACCAGAUACGAGAAUCUCGGUUGUUGUCAGUCGUAAGCGUAGGUAAUUUGUGCACAAGGAGUUGCAAAAAAAAUUGUAAAUGAUACCGUUUAUUUGCUAGCUCUGUGUACGGUAUAUCAUUCGUGGAGGAUCUGUGCAAAUCAAUUCCUUAUUUGUGUCUAAAUUAUGUACGUUUAGGCCAAUGAAGUUAAUUGUAUUGAAGAGUGACUCGUUUGGUGUUGAUGCCUGUGCCCUCAGGCCUGUUGAUGCCUGUGCCCUCAGGCCUGUUGAUGCCUGUGCCCUCACGCCUGUUGAUGCCUGUGCCCUCAUGCCUGUUGACGUUGCCAACUCCAUUAGACGCUUUCUGCACAUUAACGUUACUGGAGUUAGCGAUGCGAACUGAAACACAAAACACGGUUCCCAUUUUACCUCUGCGUUGAAGGAGCAUUGCAGUCCUUAUGACAAUAAUUAGCAUAACUCAUAUUGAGUUCUAGUCCAGGUAUCCCAAUGCAUAUUAAUGUCUAUAUGCAUCUUCUAUGCGGUAUGCAUCAACUUGCCUUAGUGUUAAAUCUGGCUGUUUAUUGGGCAUUCCAACGCUUAGCAAUAUCAUGGUUGUGCGAUAUUAAGAGUACUUAUACA